UCAGUCCUAUUUCUCGUUUCAAUUAAGUGCGAUGGUUAUUUUCUUCGGGUAGUUCGUUGUUCGUGGUGCGAUAUGGAUCACUGCUUGCGGAAGGAGAGGAAGACCAACCCGAGGGAGACGGCAAACGUGCUGUCCUACUUCACUUUUGGUUACACAUUUGGACUGUUCAAAAGGGGCUUUCGGAAAGAUUUAGAGGAAGACGACGUCUACGAAGUCAUCAAAAACUGCAAGUCGAAACAAUGCGGUGAUAGAACUGAGGAGCAAUGGAAAAAGUCCACGUCAAUAUACAGGCUCCUGUGGAAAAGAUUUGGAAAGACUUUCAUUGUUAUAGGCAUCAUUACUAUCGUUUGGAAGGAAAUUUACAGCAUUUUGCAGCCUUACACCAUGAGUCGCCUCAUAUCAUACUUCGAGAAAGGACAAACCAAGAUAACGAAGUCCAGCGCCUACUACUGCGCAGCAACCGUCAUUUCAUUGAAUAUAUUUAGUUUUUUAUUCAACCAUAACAUCUUCAUAUACGAAUACACCUUAGCCUUGAAUAUACGCACAUCCUUAAAGUCAUUGCUAUACCGAAAAUCUUUGAAACUGGCUCCUAGUUCUUUUUCGGAGACUAACCUUGGAAACAUCGUCACUAUCCUUACCAAAGACAUAAAAUCAGUAGAAGAGAAUUUAUGGCUGAUUAUGGAUUUGAUAGUUUAUAUCAUCCAGUUUCUGACCUCGUGUUAUUUGCUUUGGUCUAGACUUGGCAACUCUGCCUUUAUCGGUAUUGGUUUACUUCUUGUGGCACUGCCCAUACAAAUUUGUCUCAGUAAUUUGCUCACCAAGAUGCGACUGAAGGUCGGAAAGAAUUCCGACCAGAGACUUCAGGUCACUCAAGAGGUUCUGUCUGCUAUAAAAAUUAUAAAAAUGUAUACCUGGGAGAAGUUCUUCAAUAAUAAGAUAGCUGAGUCCAGGAACACAGAAGUAACGGUGAUGAUGAGGGCAUUCUACAUCCACAUCGUCAUAGUAUGCAUAGGCAUCUUAACCUCCAAAGUAACCUUCCUCAUACUAAUCCUAUCCUACAUUUGGAUGGGGUACACCACGAACACCGAAUUGAUUUUCUACGUGCUCAGUAUAUUCCACCAACUGACCAUAUCUUUUGGGAUUCAUAUUCCUAUAAACAUUUCUAAAGUAGCUGAAUUUCGAGCUGCUUUCAUCAGACUGAACAAGCUUUUACAGAGCCAAGAAAUACAGCAGCGUGAAGAAAAUUUGUCUGGAAAACCAUCGAUUUAUUUGAAAGAUGUGACUGUUCACAUCAAAGAUAAAGAGAUCUUGAGUAGUGUCAGUUUAAAGAUAACCAACGCAAGUCUAACUUUAGUUACAGGAGCUGUUGGGUCAGGAAAAAGUUCGUUGUUGAAAGCAAUCCUUCAGGAUUAUCCCACAUCGAAAGGUGAUCUAGAAGUAUGGGGAACUGUUUCUUAUGCUUCACAAGACCCUUGGCUUUUCCCAUCAUCUAUCAAACAAAAUAUACUGUUUGGUGAAAAAUACGACGCAAAAAGAUACGAAGAAGUUAUUAGAGCUUGUGCCUUGAACUACGACUUGUCUCUUUUUGAGAAAGGAGAUGAAACAGUUGUAGCGGACAGAGGAUUAAAUCUGAGCAAAGGGCAGCAAUGUAGGGUCAACUUGGCCAGAGCUAUUUAUAGAACUAGCGAUAUUUACUUGCUAGAUGACUCUCUGACCGCUUUAGAUGGACAUGUGCAAGAUUAUAUUUUCAAUGAGUGUAUUAAAAAGUUCCUAAGUGACAAGGUAUGCGUAUUGGUAACACAAAACGUCAACCACAUGAAACAAGCCGACAAUGUCCUGGUUAUGGACCAAGGAAGGAUAUUAAUUUCUGAAAAGCCAGACAAUAUAAUACCAACAAAAAUCAACGGCAUUUCCAGUAAAUUUGAAGAAAAGGAAUUAAAUCCAACCACACCAGACAGAAGUGAAAAAGAAAUUCCACUUUUGGAAACAGAGCAACAAUCUUCCAGAAAGCAGGUGUAUCACGAAACGAAAAAAGUUGGGAAAGUUGAAUUAAUUGUAUAUAAAAGGUAUUUCCAGUUGGGGGGAGGAUUCCUUAUAUUUUCUUGUGUGAUUUUCCUGUAUGUUAUUGCUCAAACUUGCGAGAGUUUCGCUGAAAAACUUAUCACGCAGUGGAUCGAUUUGCAGCAGAAAGUAUUAGAUCUUCAGUUAAAUGCAACAGUGAAUGAGACAUAUUACAAAGAUACAGUCUCUAAGAAGGACGAUACUUUCGGCGUGUACACAAUACUGGUAAUCCUCAAAGCAACGCUGGGAUUAGUAAAGUAUUACGCCCUUUUAAGGUUCUGUCGCAGCGCAUCCAUAAAUAUUCAUAGAGUGAUGUCGACCAGAGUAGUUAACGCCGUUAUGUCGUUCUUUGAUACGCAUUUUAUCGGAAAUAUACUUAACAGAUUCUCCCUUGACUUGAAUAAUAUAGAUGAGAGCCUUCCCUUCGUGUUUCCCGGUUUGUUUGGGGUGUUCUUCAGCUGUAUCGGUGCUGUAAUUUUAAUAGCAACAGUGAACUGGAUGUUUCUGCUACCAGCUUCUCUAUUGUUUGUUAUUCUGUUACUUAUACGAACGAUAUACAUGCCAACAGGACGAAGUUUGAAGCGACUGGAAGCUGCAACAAGAAGUCCUUUAGUGGGCCAUAUAAAUUCGUCCUUGGAAGGGUUAACGACGAUCAGAGCCUUCAAAGCAGAGCAAAUACUAACGAACGAAUUUGAUAAACAUCAGGACCUGUUCACCUCUGCUUUUUUUAUGCGGAUAUGCUCGUCCAGUGCUUUUGCUUUUUAUAUGGACUUCAUUUGUUCCAUUUUUAUGAUCACGGUGAUAGCAAGAUUUUUAUUUUUCGAACAUGACAUUUCUGCUGGUAACGUGGGUCUAGCUCUAACGCAAGUCCUCAUGCUGUCCCACCAUAUCCAGUGGGGUAUGAAUCAAUGGGCCCAAUUAGAGAACCACAUGACGUCAGUGGAGAGAGCUCUAGAAUAUACGGAAAUCAAACAAGAGAGCGUCUCUGGCAACGACGUUAAGAACUGGCCUAGCGAAGGUAGUAUAAAGUAUGAAGAAGUUUCGCUGUAUUAUGAGAAUUCAAAGAACCCAAUGUUGAAGAAUAUUAAUUUCACUGUGAAACCAAAGCAGAAGAUUGGAAUUGUAGGAAGAACUGGUGCUGGAAAGUCUUCCAUAUUGUCGACGUUGUUUAGACUCUACGAAUAUGAAGGCAAAAUUUGGAUAGAUGGAGUAGAUAUCAGCAGUUUAUCCCUGCUAUUCUUAAGAUCCAAUAUAGCGAUAAUACCUCAAGACCCCGUUCUGUUCACUGGGACAAUUCGGGACAACAUAGAUCCAAAGAAAAAGUACACAGACGAAAGAAUAUGGAAAGUCCUAGAUAGAGUAAAAAUAAAAGACCUGAUCCCAAGCCUGGAUUUCGAAGUAAAAGAGAAAGGAUCGAGCUUCAGUUCAGGACAAAGGCAACUUAUAUGUCUAGCUCGAGCAGCUAUUGGCAAAUUUAAAAUAGUGGUACUAGACGAAGCCACCGCUAACAUGGAUCCUGUUACCGAUAAAAUGCUGCACGACGUUAUAGAAGAGAUAUUUUCUCAAUGCACAAUACUGAUAGUAGCUCACAGACUGCAUUCAAUUCUAAAUUGUGAUCUGGUUAUGGUUUUAGACAGUGGUAGAUUGGUGGAGUACGAUAAUCCCAGGAAACUUAUCCAAGACGAGUCCACGAGUUUCUAUAAAAUGUGUAAAGAGUCCGAAACGUGACAAUAAAAAUUAAAAUGUAUUGCGAAUGCUUACUGCAUAUAUUAAUUAGUCACAGAAACUGUACCGUCCCUAACGUUACAUAUGUUAGCUUUUGCCUGGGAAAAGAGUUAAAAUUAGGCAGCUUAAGAUUUUUGGACACUUUACAUAUUUUUUAAUUUGUAUGCGUGUUUACUAGUGAUUUGUAGGUAGUAGUACUGUGAUAAUUUUUUUACAGAGUAUGUAUUUGGAGGUUCAGUCAAAGGAUCGAUUUUGUAGUUUGUGGACUGUAAAUUUCUCACAAUAUUUGAAAAUUUAUAAACAUGUUUUGUACAUUUAAUUGUUGUACCUGAUGAAUUUUACUUGUUAUA